UUUUGUAGAGCGGAGGCUAAGGACCGGAAGUGUUCGCGUGUGUGUCUGAGGAACUUUGUGUGUGUGUGUAGCGCCGCUGCUCCGGGCUGAGCAGAGAAACUUUUAAAGUUUGUUCGUCUGUGACAUGAAGAGCGCGUGAGGCUGCGGACUGAGUGCGAGAUUCUCAGGACGAGCACCGGUGUGGCAGCAUUGGGGCCUCCUCAUUGGCAAAGAUACAGCUGAGGGUGAAGUCAAGGGCGGGACUUCCUCUAAGCACGGGGACAAGAUGCUGGCAACUUCCGUCUUCACCGCCCCCUGCAGCUACACCUGGCUCUGGUGUCUCCUGAUGAUCCUGACGCAUCCUCCAUCAGCUCUCGGGGGAGACCAGAUGGAGUUGUGUGCUGGGCGGGACUGCUCCACCUGUCAGUGUUUCCCGGCCAAAGGAGCAAGGGGGGCACCAGGUGGUCUGGGACAACAGGGAAAUCAGGGGCCCCCAGGCUUCCCAGGUCCUCAGGGACCUCCAGGAGAAAAGGGCCACAGAGGAGACGAGGGGUUCACUGGAGCCCAAGGAAUGAAAGGAGACAUGGGAAGUGUUGGUGUUCUUGGAUUUCCGGGUUUAGAGGGAGUUCCGGGUCACCCGGGUCCGGCUGGAGGUCCUGGUUUUCCAGGUCUGGAUGGGUGUAAUGGGACCAGAGGACAGAGGGGAGAGCCUGGACUUCCUGGAGAACAAGGACCAGAUGGAGAAGUGGGUUUUCCAGGCCUGAAGGGGUUUCGAGGAGAUCCGUCAGUUUACUUCAAACAGUAUCCUGGAAUACCUGGAGAUGAUGGGCUCAGUGGAAUACCAGGACUACAGGGUGAACAGGGACGUCCUGGCCCAAUGGGACGUGUGGGUCUAGCAGGACUGGAUGGGACCAAUGGUCUCCCUGGUCUCCCUGGUCCCAGGGGCCCACCUGGAGAAGAAGGUCGAUCUAUACCUGGACAGAAAGGAGAAGAGGGUGAUCAGGGCCUCCAGGGGCCACCGGGGCCCUUUGAAUAUGUCGACCCUCCUGAAGACUCAUACCUCAAAGGAGAGCAGGGUCGUCGAGGGGUCAAAGGAGCUUGCGGACCACCGGGACGUUUGGGUCAGGACAGUUUCCCUGGAAUCAAAGGAGAGAAAGGGCUUCUGGGAUUCCCUGGGACGCGGGGAGAUUUUGGUAAUUCCGGUCUGCCUGGAGAAAAAGGUUUUAAGGGGAUUCGAGGAAGCCCAGGUCUGCCUGGUCUGAUUGGACGAGAAGGUCUUAAGGGCGUGAUGGGAGAUCUGGGACCUAAAGGCCUCACUCAAGAGACAGAAGUCUCACACACAGGUGAAGACGGGGACCCCGGGCCACCUGGACCCAGUGGCCCUCCAGGUGACAUGGGGCUGAUGGGAAUGCACGGACCCCCAGGAGCCCCUGGCAGAUCAAUACCUGGUCCACCAGGGUUUGCGGGGAAGAGUGGAGUUCCAGGAUCCAAGGGGGAAAGAGGAGAUCCAGGUCUGGUGAUUAAAGAUGGACCCACACCUGGAGAACCUGGAAAACCAGGCCGCCCUGGACCUAGAGGAAUGAAAGGAGAGCCAGGGAUUCCAGGUCGUUACUGUAUUGCUGGAACCACAGGAGAAGCUGGAGAACAAGGUCAACAAGGACCUCCGGGGGCUCUGGGCUUCCCAGGGCUCAAAGGCUCUCAUGGUGACUGUUCCUGUGGCUGUCCUCGUACACUAAGUGGCCCCCUCGGGCCUGAAGGGGACCCGGGCCACCCAGGGUUUCCUGGAGUCCCGGGAACACUAGGGCAGAUAGGAGAGAAAGGUUUACCUGGUGAUGUUGGAGAAAUUGGACAACAGGGUUUUGGGGGGUUUCCGGGUGUUAAAGGGUUCAAAGGUCAGAAGGGAGAUUUCAUUGUGGUGGACACGAAAGGUGAGAAGGGAAACCGGGGCCAGCUAGGUCCACCCGGCAGACAAGGACUCUCCGGUAGAAGAGGACCUAAUGGGCUCCCAGGGGCCCCUGGAGAGCCUGGUCCCCAGGGAGUCAGUUUUAGCAGUUUUCCUGGGGACAGAGGCUUCCCUGGAUUUUCAGGUCCAAAGGGAUUAUUAGGAUCUCCAGGUUCUCCUGGAAUUGGUAUCAUCGGUGCUCUUGGAGAGCGUGGGCCCCCUGGUGACCCAGGACUUCCAGGAAUCCAGGGUGCCCCUGGGCCAAAGGGGACCAAUGGUGACACUCUGCCCUGUGUACCCAGAAACCCUGGGCCCCCUGGACAGAAGGGAGACACAGGAAAUUCAGGUUAUGCAGGACACCCGGGACCUUCUGGUUUUCAAGGCACCACUGGACCUGAUGGUAUUAAAGGAAACCAAGGACAGUCUGGACUUCCUGGACUACCUGGACGACAAGGACCUCAAGGCUUUGUUGGAGAUACUGGAGAUGAAGGCCUUGAAGGAUUCAGUUAUGGUGGAGAACCAGGAACUCCUGGGAUCCCAGGCUCCCCUGGACUUAGGGGCCCAGCAGGGGAAUCUGAUGUUGGUCCUUCUGGACCUAUCGGCUUCCCAGGACCACUGGGUUCUCCAGGAUCUAAGGGGGUCCCUGGCCCCCCUGGCAGUGAUGGACUACAAGGAGCCCUGGGUCUGUCCGGGGGCCCUGGACUAAAGGGCCAAAGAGGACAGGAUGGAGCACCGGGGAUAAGUGGUCCCCUAGGUUCCUCACCUAACUCAUGUGAUGCAGGAAAACCAGGUUCUAGGGGUGCCCUUGGUCCUCGGGGACCAAUAGGACCCCCAGGCUUUCAAGGGGAAAAGGGUGAGAUUGGGGCAGUGGGUCCUCCAGGUUUUGGCCUUGAAGGUCCUGUAGGUAAACUAGGCCCUCCAGGUUUUCCAGGGUCCCCAGGGCCCCAGGGCAAAACUGGCCCCAGUGGAGACCCGGGACAGCCUGGGACUGUUGGUGAGAAAGGUCUGUUGGGGCCCCAAGGCAAGUAUGGCGGGCCAGGGCCCCUAGGACAGACUGGGUUCCCUGGAACUCCAGGGAAGACAGGAGAGAGAGGGUUUAAUGGACGAGAUGGAGCUCCAGGAUGUGAAGGGCCUAAAGGAGAGAAAGGUAGAAGAGGGAAACCAGGACCUCCGGGAUUGACCAGGUACAUUCCUAUCAAAGGAGAGAAAGGAAAACAAGGAGCCCCCAGUAUCAGCGGCUUCCCUGGAUCACGAGGAAGCAAAGGUGUUCUGGGACCUACAGGUAAUCCAGGGUUUCCAGGACUCAGUGGACCCACGGGCAUCACAGGCCCCCCUGGGAAACCAGGUUCCUGUGGUAUCCCAGGACCACCAGGGUUACCAGGACGUCAAGGACCUCCAGGACCCAUGGGCUUCCCUGGAGAGAUAGGAGAUCCAGGUGACGUGGGAAGGCCAGGAAAAUCUGGCGAACCAGGCCGUGAAGGAUGUACUGGGCAGAAAGGUGAUAAAGGAGACUCUGUUAGUUCUCCUGGCCUACCUGGAGACAAAGGGGCUCCUGGAGACUUUGGGCAAUCAGGACCUCGUGGACCUUAUGGAGAUCCUGGAGUACCUGGUUUCAUUGGGGAUCCAGGACAGAAUGGACGAAAAGGAGAUCCAGGUCACCAUGGAGACCCAGGUCUACCAGGUGCGAUUGGUCCCCGAGGUCCCAGAGGUCGUCCAGGUUUUCCAGGGAUUCCUGGCAAAGCGGGUAACAAUGGUCCUCCUGGACCUCAAGGUGACAUAGGUCUCCAAGGUCCACCUGGACCACUGGGACUUCAUGGACUAGAUGGACUGAAAGGAGUGAAAGGGGACAUGGGGACCAGAGGUCUGGCUGUGACAGGUCCUCCGGGUCUGAUUGGCCUUCCAGGGAAGAAGGGUCCUCAAGGUCUUCAAGGUCCCUGUGGUACUAGUCAGCCUGGACGACAGGGACUCAAAGGCCCCCCAGGACCCAAAGGACCUCCAGGGAGUUAUGGACCUCCAGGUCAAACUGGACCAAACUGUGAAGACCCAGUCCUAGGCCCUCCUGGAGAUCCUGGAUGUCUUGGACCCGAUGGAGACCCAGGUUGUCCCGGGGACAUGGGAGAUCCUGGUACAAAUCCUCCAGUUCCUGGGGAUGAAGGAGACAAUGGAAACAUGGGUUACUUGGGGGCAGUGGGUCUAAAGGGACAAACAGGUCCUAGAGGAUUGCCUGGCAUCACUGGAGACUGUGGAGUAAAAGGUAAGAAGGGGUCCCAGGGUUUGAUGGGACCACCUGGAAAUAAGGGUCCAAGAGGUUCCCCUGGCUCCCCAGGGCCUAUAGGACCUAAAGGACUUGAGGGACCAAUGGGUCCAAAGGGAGAAAAGGGAGGACUUGCCCCCUUUCCUAUUUAUCCUCCUUCUCAACAGGGCCCCCCAGGUCCUCCUGGCCCCCCUGGAGCACUUGGAGAGGCUGGUGUCAUUGGAGAAUCUGGCCAGACAGGACACAAAGGUUUGAAGGGGGAUCCCGGGUCUGAGGGACCAAGAGGAUUUAUGGGGCUCCCAGGUCCAGAUGGAGACCAGGGAGCGCCAGGCCUGCCGGGAAUGACUGGAACAGUGGGAGGCGAAGGUGGUUCUGGGCCAAUAGGAGACCGCGGUCCUCCUGGACGGUCAACUCGCCUGAAUCCAGGGUUCCUCUUGGUAAUGCACAGCCAAUCAAGGCAGAUUCCCACCUGUCCACUAAACAUGAGGGCCCUAUGGAGUGGAUAUAGUCUGCUGUACCUGGAGGGACAGGAGAAGGCACACACUCAGGAUCUGGGUCGGGCUGGCUCAUGUAUGCGCAUCUUCUCAACCAUGCCCUUCUCCUCCUGUAACAUUGGUGCCUGCUCUUACGCAAGUCGUAAUGACAAAUCCUAUUGGCUGUCCACAACAGCAGCCCUUCCCAGCAUUCCUGUGGACGGGCCCUCUAUUGAAGAGCACAUCAGCCGAUGUGUGGUGUGCGAAUCUCCCUCUUUACCUGUUGCACUGCACAGCCAGACGUCCAAACAGCCUGACUGCCCCCCCAACUGGACAAGCCUGUGGACUGGAUUCUCUUUCCUCAUGCAUACAGGAGCAGGUGAUGAGGGCGGUGGUCAGUCUCUGACCUCAUCUGGUAGCUGUCUGACAGACUUCAGGACCCAGCCCUUUGUGGAGUGUCAGGGGCCACGAGGAACCUGCCACUACUUUGCCAACAUUUAUAGCUUCUGGCUAACCAGAGUGGACACCAGCAUCUCCACCACCACCACACUGACAGAUGCAUGGCAACAGAGAAGUAAUAUUGGGAGGUGCAAUGUCUGCAUGAGGUUGUGAGGAAGCGGAACGCUAUGGCCUCCGACUUCAAGAAGAGGGAGGAAGGGUGCCUCACCUGCAGGGGGAGUCGAAUUGACGUUUCAAAAGUUAAUUGAUUGAGGACAAAAACAAACGAGUGGACUUCAGGCCCUGCCUACAGAACUGCACUGAAUAUUCUGAUUGGUUAGCUGAGAGCAAUGACAGCGUGUCAUUGGUCAGUCAGUACUUUUGUUUAUAUGUAGGGAGGGAAUCGAAAGAGAAGCUGUGAUGUUUCAAUGUUUUGGGAGCUUCUCCCACUGCGCUCAAGCUUCAAGCUGUUCCUGACCUUCUCUGAACAGGAUGCACUGCAGCACAGGACCAGAACCAGGGCAUGGAUAAGGAUCAGAAGCAGAACCAGGGUGGAUUCUUAACCAGAAGCUGAUAUUGUAAUUUCUAUCUUUUAAGUAUCUUUGAUCACCUUGUUGAUUUUGAAUAUACUAUAUUGCUGUUUUAUGAUAAAAUUCAUUGAAUAUUUUUCAGUUUCAUUUUAAAAAAAAGUAAUGUUUUAAUAUUUAUAAAGUUAAAAUAACAAGCAGAGAAAAACAUAAAGGUACCUUUUCUCUUUCAUGAAUUUUAGGAAAAAUAUAAGGUGAAGGUUUCAAUUUGGACUCUGUACCUGGUCCUGUGCCUGGUUCUGGUUCUAAACAGUUUUCUAGCUUUGUAAAUAUGUUUGAACUCAGCCGUUUUAUAUUUCUACUGUAAAUGUCAGAGUAUUUAUUUAGCCUCUAAUUAAUGUUGGUGCUAUUUGAUUUUAUUUUGGUAAGUGAUGACACAAUAAGGCCCAGCCCCCUCUCUGUACUCUGUCCCCAUUCCAAUGAUGAUGCAUCAAGAGGAACGAGUUCAGUUCAGGAGUAAAUCCUUUAGAAAAACAAAACUAAAUUGGGUGGGGCUUAACUUUUACCUGUGAGGGGAGGGAUAAGUCACUGUGUCUCUAGUGUUUUUUUUUACAUCCCUUAUAUUUUACCUUUGUAGCAGGAAACUUCGCACUAACACUUGAAACAUUUUUAACAUGUGGACGGACAAUUUUAAUAAAAAUGCAUCA